CGGUAAUUGGAUUUGAAGAAGGGCGUGAAUAGGGGCGUGGUUUAUCUGUAAAUAGCAAUAAUCCAAUCAUAUGGUACCGUAUAAUGAGUUUUUGAUUGACUAUCGGACACGGCUGUACGCACAAGUGGCUUUACAAGUUUCACCUAAGGUCACGUGGGGUGACAAAUUAGGUGUCACGUGGCAUAUUAGCACCGCCUACCGUGAAAUAAAAUAGAUAUUUUCAUCUGUCACAGGUAAAUGAAAAGAAACCCAAAGUUUCAUUUAGAAUGAUAGCUUAUUUUUAUUGCACUGUAACGAAACCUUAACUUUGGCUCAUCGUUUCCUAUUCAUAAAAGUCAUAGAGGACCCUAACUUUUGGAAGGAUAUAUUUGGAAAACUUCGGCAUUUAUUUGAGUGAAACUUAAGAAUGUUUCCACCACAUAUUGGUGCCCCUGGGAUAUGUGAUGUUCAAGGUGUAAGACUACCGGCUGAAUACAGGAGACAAUUGCCUGCACCACAGCCAGCUCGCCAUCCACUUCCGGCACAUUCAAGGGCCACUGAUGUACGAACUGGUUUAAUGAACUUUCCAGUAAACGCCGGUUUUCAUCCAUUACCCGUUUUAUCUUUGCCUCCAAUUCAGAACCCGUCGUCUGCCGUAGCGAUUCCAACUCCGUUAAUACCAUAUCCCACAAUGCCUUUUGGACCAUUUAGCGUCGGAAGCCAGGCGCAAGAACUUCAAAAUUUAAAUCUUAUACAUUCGCUUAGCCGGGCAAACACAGGAGCUAUGGAAUCACAGAAAUUAAAAACUCCUAUCAAUAGAAAUUACUUAGAGCUCGCUAUGCUCGUCUGCAACACUUUCCGCGGGAAACUGUUUCCUUGCCCACACUGUCGUUAUGUUACGGAUCGCAGAAACAAUUUAAAACGCCAUAUUUCUACAAUGCACCAAACUUGUGACAAACUGCUCGAAUGUUGUGGGGUCAGUUUCAGUACUAAAGCCUCUCUUCGAGAGCACAUCAUGAUAUUUCAUCAUAACGGGUACUCGUGUCCUUACUGCGGCAGACGAUUUUGCCGGAAGGCUCUACUGAAGCGCCACCUAUCGGUACACAGCGGUCAGAAAGAUUACACAUGCCCACAUUGCGACUACGCAACUAGUCAUAAAAGCAACCUUGAGCGACAUAAACGUAUACACGAAAGACUUAAACUUGGUGAAGACGGAUCUAUUUUUGGGUGUACUGACUUUUCAAAUCAUCAGACGCAGAGUCCGGACACGACCGACAACUCUUUCAGCGAAACCGACUUAAAGGGCGACAACUGCGUAGAUCUUGAUUCGUCGGAUGAAUGUUCGUCCGAUAUCGACGUGACUGAAGAUAGUUUUGAUGAAGAAAACAAACUGACAAAUUACCCAAUAUAUAUACCAAAACAACCAGCGUGUAGUGUAAACAAAACGAACCUGUUUAAAGGAAACAUUGACGUGCAUCAAGAUCAUACAGCACAAAGUCUUGAGUUAUGCCACAAACAAAAUGAAAGAAGAGUGAAAAUAGAAACUGUCACGCAUAAUAAUUGCCAAGAGCAAAACGUAUGCGAACCUCUAGAUUUACAAGUCACAUCAAAUGUUCAAUAACUGUUUUAUUUGUUAAGUGUUUUAUACUAUUUAUUGAUCUUUUAUCUGUUUCACUUUUUAUAUUUACAAAUAGUGCUUGAUUUUGUUGCAAUAUUUCAGUCACAUCGUAUUCAGUAUACAUACAUGUAUUUAAUUUAACAAAGUUUGGAGAAUGAAGAAAUACAUAUG